AUAGAAAUUGAAGAAGUAUCGAAGGCAGGUUAAUUACUAACAAAUUAGAUUGUCCGGACUUCUUUUUGGGGCUUCCAUGAAGGGAAUCGAGAAGCCAACCAGGUGACACAUCGCUUCAGUAUUUUUCUAUCCUCCGACUAGAGGCGCAAGCGCUACAUCCUCGAUUGCAACAAGGGGGGUGCGGCUGUAACCAUGGAUCCCAGUAUACUCGCUACCAUGGACAAGGACACAUUGAAGAAACAGAUCGAGAACAUGAAAUAUCAAGCGGCCAUGGAACGGUGGUCGUUAUCGAAGAGUAUCACGGCGAUGAGAGAGUACGUCGAAGAAAAUGAGAAGAACGACCCACUAAUACAUGCGCCUGACAAAAAGAACAAUCCAUGGGCCGAGAAAGGCAAGUGCAUAAUCAUGUAAGAGGAGAAUCGAACAGGGAGAACACGAAGAGGGAGAAAAGAAAAGACGGAAGCGAACGAAAGAAUGAAAGAGAACGAUGAUGAAGAUGAAGAUCAAGAAGAAGAUGAAGAAGGGCCGGUGUGUUUCAUCUGCGACAGAAAAGAGAAAGAAAGAGAGAGAGAAAGAGAGAGGGGGGAGGAAUAGAAAAUGCAUGCCAAAGAGACACUAAUAAAAAAAAUGAAUUACAAAAAAAUAAUAAUAAUAAAAAAUA